CCGGAAGCUAUGUUGUAAACUCCCCGGAGUCAGGCUACCGUUUUAUUUCUAGUGAACGCUAGGAGACGACGGUAAUGUAUUAGACCUGGAUACGCGGAUUCACAGGCUGGAAAUGACAAGGCUGGUUUGCCAUGGACACAGAGAUGAUUCCGAAAUUCUCCUCGAAAGACGAGGAAAUUGAUUACUGGAAGGCCCUUUCACUCAAGUACAAGAACAGUUACCAUGACGCCCAUGAGGAGCUGCUGGAGUUCCAGGAGGGCAGCCGGGAGCUGGAGGCGGAGCUGGAGGCCCAGCUAGGCCAGGCGGAGAACCGCAUCCGAGACCUGCAGGUCGAGAACCAGAGGCUGAAGAGCGAGGUGGACAACCUGAAGGAGAAGCUGGAGCAGCAGUAUGCUCAGAGCUACAAGGAGAUCACGGUGCUGGAGGACGACCUGGGACAGACCCGCGGCAUCAAGGAGCAGCUGCACAAAUACGUGCGUGAGCUGGAGCAGGCCAACGACGACCUGGAGAGGGCCAAGAGAGCCACCAUCGUGUCCCUGGAGGACUUUGAGCAGCGGCUGAACCAGGCCAUCGAGAGGAACGCCUUCCUGGAGAGCGAGCUGGACGAGAAGGAGUCGCUCCUGGUGUCUGUGCAGAGGCUCAAAGACGAGGCCAGAGACCUGCGGCAGGAGCUGGCGGUGCGGGAGAGGAACACGGACGUGACGCGCAUGUCGGCGCCCAGCUCGCCCACGCUGGACUGCGACACCACCGACUCCGCCGUGCAGGCCUCCCUGUCGCUCCCCGCCACGCCCGUCGCCAAGGGCCUGGACAACGCCUUCGCCAACCCCAAAGUGCUAGCCAAUGGCUGCGGCGGUGGCUCUCCGCUAACCCCCUCUGCAAGGAUAUCGGCGCUCAACAUCGUAGGCGAUCUACUACGGAAAGUUGGGGCUUUAGAGUCCAAACUGGCGGCCUGUCGAAACUUCGCCAAGGACCAGGCGGCGAGGAAAAGCUUCGCCACGGGAAACGGAACCCUGAUCAACAGCAACGCCACAAAGUUCUCGCACUCGCUCCACACCACGUACUUCGACAAAGCCAGGAGAGAGAGGGUCAUUUUCCCUGCGUUUGUUCUGGGGCAGUGAACGGACUGGAGCCUCGGAGCCUGGCGGCGAUCACCGCCCCGCGCGCCGCGUCCCCGCCCAGCCUGCUGCCACUCAGCGUGUGACCCUGAGCCCCGCCCCCGCGCUCAGAGGAGCAGGGCCGGGCGUGACGGACAGCGGUCAGGACCGGACCGGACUGGACUGCAGGACAGACUGGACCAGCGCUUACUAAAAAAAAAAAGAAAAAAAGAAAACCCGCCCCGGUGCGUCUGUACACGCGGGCCAGUGUAUAUCCGCUUUUAUGUACGUGUGUACAUGUGUGUACAGUAUGUGUCUGUAUUCUCCUAUGUCUGUAAAUAUGCCCACUCGGAAAACACGCACAUGUCCUUACUACCAAGUCUUCUCCGUGGAAACACUGCAGCUUCCAGAUCCCCAGCGGUCUAUUCCUAACGCCUCACUUCACCAAGAAAAACACACACAAACACACACACACACACAACUGACAACGGUCCUCGUCCUGCACAGCCAAAAACAAAACAACCAAAAGUCUAAAUAUUUUGGGAUAUACUCCGAUGUAUAAAGGGAUUUCACUAAUGGGCUACGUAGCCCGCGUUCAUGUUGUAAUUAUUUACGCUGAGGUGAGGAGGAGGAUGAUGAAGAAUAAGCCCCACACGAUGAAACGUAACGACUUCAUCUACGGAAACACACGUUGCACUUUACUUUAUUCCACCUCAGAGACUCAUAUAAAUGAUGGUGUCGCAGGUUUGUACAAACAGCCCAAAGUUUAAAUAGCCAGAACAGAGACGUUUUAUCCCGAGGUUGUUUCUCCAAACGGCCUUACUGUUCAUAAGCGACUGACCGUCUCCAUCCCACGACAACUCGGUUAGCGAUAAGGGCGCACUGGUGGCUGACGGCCAUGUCAAAAGGGCCUUGUAAUCUCAAACCUGCAUGUUCGCUAAUAAAUAAAUAAAAUAAACAAUAGCAGCCUCGUAUACUGAAAAGGCGGCUCUGGCUCCCUGCAGAUUUCGUGUUGUGGUUGGGGCGAUUGUCUCGUUUAUGAGACUAGGGUUCCAUUCCUUUUUCUUUGUUAAGCUCAACAACAACAAAAAAAGGCAAUCUUAACUGAAAUAGGUCCGUUGGGGCCACGCGCAGUUUAGAGGGUAGAGCGGAGUUGGCUUCAAGCAAGUAUCAUCAAGCAGAACUCGGCCGUCUGCCUCCAGGGUGCCGUUUUGAGAGCCUAUCGCGCAGUCUGGCCUGGAGGCUAUUUUCUCUGCCUGCCGCCUUAAUCUUUCUUUCUUUUGUUUUUGUAAUAAUUUAUUUAUUUAUUCAUCCAUUCACACUGUCCCGAGUCUUAACUCAUGGUUUUUUUGGGGUUUUCUUUUUUUUUUUUUUUUACCCGUGUCUGCACUCGUUUGGCACACUGCUGAAAUCUCGUCCUGAAAACUCCGCUUUGCAAAGGUAACGCGCUAUUGGUCACGUUGAUCAUUUUACGGACAGGACACUACCGUUUUCAACUGAGCACAAGCGGUAAACUGUAGCUAGACGUGUAGUGACCAGUUGGUCACCGGAACCCUGUUUUGUGUUGAUGAACUCUGUAGCUGCGUGACUCACUCACCUCACUCUGCCUCUUUCUUUUUUCUUUUUCUUUUUUUGUUGUUGGUGUUGUUUUACUUCACAUAAUUUUUCAGUUUUUAAGUUGAUCUGGGUUCUGUGCUUUAUGUACGUGCUGCAGCACUCCCCAGUUUGCGGUCUGCUUUGAAGCCCGAGGAAGAGGAUAAUUAUACUCCCUUCCGUCCACUGAUUGGAUCCUCUGAAGCUGUGUGGAGUCCGAUAAAUCCUCUGCACUAUUCACGUAAUUUAGUCUGUUCCCACCACACACGACAGCACCUGUCAAAAUGCUCCCGUGUACAUAGGUCUGUGAGCAUUGCCACUUUGCCUGGGAUAUUUGUAUACAUUUAAAAAUAUAUAUAUAAAUACCAUUUUCGGCAUUGUAGCUUUAUUUAUUUCAGAUUGUUUUUGGGCAUGUACUCAAAUGAGAAAGUGUAUAUUAUAAUACAUCUAUGAAAGAUCAUAUAUCAUGAUGUAGAAUUGGUUGUUUAAUCUGUUUAAUUCCGAAGAUAAUAAAAGAUAUUUACAAACCAAA